UCUCAUACCAAAAGUAGUCUUUUUGAGCGUUACAAUUAUUAAAAAUUCUACAUAUACUAAUAUAUUUUGAAGGAAGGAAAAAAAUAUAUAAUAUUCAUAUUUGCAUCGAAAUUCAAUCGCUCCAGCUUUUAUUCACACACCACUCUUCGAGUCUUCGUGCCUUCUUCAUCUUCAUUGGCACUUCUUCAUUCACACACACACACACACCUAAUUGCUAAGAACUAUAAACGAUUAGCAUGGAUUAUUCACAUAAUAUAUCAUGGAAACAGAAGAUUCAAGUGGAAACUGCAUUUGAAUCUGUUCGAGUUCAGGGCUCAAGGAGUUCGGUAAAAACGGAGGGAAGCGAAAGGCGGCGUUGGCCGUCGUGGAAGAACCUCAAACGGCGGCUUGGAUGGAAGCGAAUCAAUAUCAUGGGGAUUUGCGGGACAUCUAACUGGGUUCUCCAUACCAAUUCCGAAGAAGAACCAUUGAUGAGCUCUGCGGAUCAAUCUCCGGCUGCUUUGGAAACGAUAAACCCACCGACGGGAUCUAUCAUCGGUCAGGUUCCGGCAGGUGGUGGCACGACCAUGAACCUUGCAACGGCAUUGGCGGCAGAUCGUCGGCAAUUAAACGUGGGACCCACAGAUGGAUUGAAGACGACGAAGCCAUUGAAAUCGAUAGUGAGACUGUUUGAAGGAAUGGACGGCAGCAAGGUUGUUAAGGUAGCGGAGAAUGACGCCGAUGACAACGGCAGCGGCGCGAGAGGGAUUGGUAGCAUGUGCUGCUUGUGCACAGAGAGAAACAAAGGUGCGGCGUUAAUCCCCUGUGGGCACACCUACUGUAGGGUGUGUUCCAGAGCGAUGUGGUCGAAGCAAGGGUCGUGUCCUCUUUGUAACCGUUCGAUUACGGAGAUCCUCGAAAUUUUCUAAAAGUCUGCUGUUUUUGAAAAAAAGAAAAUGGAGAAAAAGAAUUAAGAGGGUGGAAAGUGUCAAUUAGACAAUAUUGAGUGGGAUUAUGCAGCAAUCAUGUAAUAAUUCCCACUGGAUCCCUUUCAAUAAUCCGUACAUAUUUGAGGUGAAAAGUGAUUUGCUCAACUCAUUUUACGGUAAAAAUCGGACUUUUGCUACAUAUUUUAUAUUUUUCAGAUGAAAUAUUAAAAAAAAUGUUGUUCCAUAUACUCA